GAGUGCGUGCGUGAAUGCGUGCAUGUUGCCAGGCGCGUCUGUUCUCCGAGUGCCGGUUGAGUUGAGGCGUAUCCCUCGCAAACUCCGAGAGAAAGCGGGAGAAGAAACUUAAAGUGUGCUCGCGAUAAGCGACGGCCUUCCAGAGAAUAAAGAGAGGAGGCGCACAACAACCCCCUCCCCAUUGCGAAAGGCGAGAGGAGACCAUUUGCUCACCCCAUCGUCGUCACUCCUAAUUCCACCUACCCGAUACUCACUCCCAAUAAAACAAACGUAACUCCGACGAUGCUCUACGCUAUCGGCACCACUGCCCUCAUUCUCGCGGUGGCCUCCGCUGGCGCUGGUUAUGCUCAAACUACUGGCACCGAUGGGACCGCUACUGACCCUGUUCAAAUCGGUGGUUGGAAGACUUGGACCGACAACGCCGGAGUAGUCGCCAUCCAUGCCGCCUACUCCCCGGGCGACAAGCUUUACAUCUCCGAGCGUGUCCACUACUGGAACCCACCCCCUGCCACCGACGGCUGGACCCAAGACCAAAUCACUGCUCUUUCCAAAAUGCCUUUGAUGCAGUGGUACAACGGCAAUCCUAACUUUGCCAACAAGGACUUCUUUACCGAUGCCGCAGAGUUCAACUUUGGGACAAAGAACUACACGUUCAUCAACCAGAAUUUCUUCAACAAUUCCGUGCAGGGGCAGUUGCAUGGGUAUGCUUUCUGUUCGGGACAUGCUCAACUUGCUAAUGGAAGUUACUUUGUCGCCGGUGGUGAUGAAUUCUGGGACCGAUCGUUCAACGGGCGCAACUACACUUCGAACGGACGGUCUGACAUCCGCGUGAUGAACCCCUCAACAGAAACGACCCCGCCGACCCUCCAAUUCGUAGCUUCCAUGUAUCGCGGUCCUGACGUGCUGCCGUCAACCCCUGGCGGCAGCACCUACAAGUACUGGGGCCGCUGGUACCCCUCCGCGGUGCUCCUCCCCACCGAGGACGUUAUGCUCGUGGGCGGGCAGCACUACUUCUUUGACCCUGCCAACCCGCUCGCCGAUAACCCGACCUAUGAGAUGUGGAGCCCUACUCAGGGCCCGUAUGGCACGUCGAAGAACAUCGCGCUGUUGGCGAAGCAUUUCCCAAUCAACAUGUACCCUUUGUUGUACGUCCUGCCGUCCUCAGGGAACGUCUGGGUGUUUGCGCACUCUGAGUCCGCCAUCAUCGACCCCAAAACAGGUGCGGAGACCGCGCACGCCGCCAUCGACCUCACCAAAGCGAACGGCACGCUCCCUCUCUCCUUCCCCUUUGCCGGCACCAACUUCGUCCCAAUGCUCUCCUACCGCGACAACUACCACAUGGAGUCCUGGAUCUGCGGUGGUGUUAAUGGCACCGCGCCCGACGGAACGCCCCAGCCCCGUGAGGGUGGAGGUGACCCAACGAAGGCGCCUUGGAGUAACUGCCCAACCUGUUUGCCUGUUGCUGCGUGCCAUUGGACUACGCUGGAAAGGAAUGGAGCUACCGUAACCGAGCCGUUCCAGGUUGAGCAGAUGCCUUUAGCAAGGUCCCAACCGGGAGCUGUCAAUCUUCCAGACGGAACAGUCGUGAUUGUUUCAGGCUCCGGACAAGGCCACCAAGGAGGUGUCUACGGGCAACCCAAAGCCAGCAAAGGCGUCAAACAAGCGGUCAUCUUCGACCCCUCGUACCCGGUCGGCAACCCCAAGCGGUGGAAGGUUGGAGCCCCUGCGCCCACGGCCCGCCACUACCACAACACGGCGCUGUUGAGGGAGGAUGGAACAGUCUUGACCGGUGGUGGAGACGCACAGAACGGAGACGAUUUCGUUAAUGGAAGACCCGAUGAGAUGGGAAUUGAUGUGUACUACCCUCCCUACAAGUACAUCGCCAACCCGCCUCAACUCGUCCUUCCCUUCAAAACCCCCGCGGUAACCUAUGGUCAACAAAUCGUCGUCCAAUUCACCUCCGCCGUCGCCCCCACGAUUCAGCAGGUCUCGAUCAUCCGCUACGCGUCCAUGACCCACACGGUCAAUAACGACCAGCGCCACAUUGAACUUCAAAUCCUCAAGUACGCUGCCGACAAAGUCCUUGUGCAGUUGCCCGCCAACGGCAACAUUGCCCCGCCCGGAAACUGGAUGUUGUUCGCCAUGGACAACCGUGGUGCUGUCGUUGCGCAGGCUGCGACCAUCAACUUGCGCACGGCCAACACCAACACGCCGGCGACUUGGAAUGAGGCGGAGACGGUACCUACGCCGACGUUCAAGAGCAAGGUGGAUCAGUCGAGUGAGGGAGAAACUGUGGGGCCAAGGAAGGCGGUGCUAGCCGUAGCUGGGAUUGCCGCGAUUGUUGCCGGGCUUUCGGGAUAGAUCUGGUGAAUUUGACGGUUUAGAGACGGUCAUCGCUGU